GAAGAUUUGAUUACGCAGCUGCUUUAUUACCGAAUGGUAACAUUGUCUACAUAGGCGGUGUAGAUUCUUCUGGUGUGAUACCUUUAUAUAAUAUCAAUGAUGACACAUGGCAUUCGAUGACUACUACGGGUUAUCUGCUUACACCUCGAGGACAUCAUUCUUCUGUUCAAAUGACUUACAAAGUGAUUAUUUUUGAUAUGGGCGGUGUGUGCGUUGGUUCUCCUUUUGAAGGAAUAAUGAAAUUUGAAAAAGAACAUAAUUUGCCUCAUAACUAUAUAAAUGUUAUAAUUGUGAAGAAAGGUGAAAAUGGCGCUUUUCAGCGAUUAGAACGUGGAGAAAUUUCACUCAACGAAUUUUAUCAAGUAUUCAGUGAAGAAUUAUCAAAUCCAAUUAAUAAACAACAUUAUAUACAAUAUCUCAAAUCACGUGGGGAAACCGCACUACCUCAAAUUCCAGAUCAAAUAUUAAUAGAUGGCAAAUCAUUAUUUCGAAAAAUGAUGUCUGAAUCUGCAAAAAUCAAUCCAGCCAUUUUCACUGCACUUAAAAAACUUCGUUCAAGUAAUAAAUUUAAACUAGUGGCUUUGACAAAUAAUUUUCUAAUGCCAACAGAUGAUUUAAAAGAAAUCGAAUUAUUGGGUGGUACUAUGCCUCAGGAGUUGAAGUGUUUAUUCGAUGAGUUUUUUGAGUCUAGUGUUAUUGGACUGAGAAAACCGGAUCCAAGAAUAUUUUUAUAUGCAUGUGAAAAAUUAGGAAUUGAACCUAAAGAUGCUAUUUUCCUCGAUGAUAUUGGAAUGAAUUUGAAAACAGCAAUGAACUUAGGGAUGCGAACUAUCAGAGUUGAAUUAGGUGGAUCAGAAAAAAGCAAUCAAAGAAUUGGAGCAACUUACAGGAAUCUCGUUAUUUGA